UCUCAAAUCCAAUUGCCCCUGGUUUGCUACAAUCCGAUGCAGCUUCAAAUGAUGAUUGCCCUCUUAAUAAUUUUCCCAGCAAGGCAUUAUUUCAUUUGUUUAAGUUUUGACUCCAUACUCUUUAAUACUGUGAUUAUUGAUAACAGAUAACUUUUGUGUGCAAAUUUUCUUUUGUCAGAACGAAGAGUAUGUUUGUGUACAAAAGGUCUCAAAUCACGUGACAAACAUGCAGCGCAACCGAGUGGUAUAUUAAUGUGUCUGUGGCAUCGCAUUUACAGAUCAUUAACCUCAAUUAAUACAUUGUUGCAUGGAGCAUGAUAGGGACAUCUGUAAAAAAUCUGUCUGAGGUAAAUUUGUCGGAGACAAUAAAAUUAAAAUGAGUUAUCGACAGCACAGUGUGAGAUGUUUAGGUCACAAACAUUAACUAUCGAUGCAAUGAAAGAAAACAAUAUGUAGCAAGAACAUGUUUAAUUAUGUCGAACACGUGAGUGGAGUCACUGCCAAGUCGUUAUCGAUAAAAUAGUAUUCCUACUUCAUUCUCCUUUGUCUAAUUUAAAGAUUGUGCCAUUUCAUUUCAACCGUCGCUGUUUCACAUGCGGCCCAGAGCUCGCGCUGCUGUUGCGGCCUCUCUCCACGUGAGGGCGCUGUUCGCCCAUGUAAUGUGUGCUUUGGAGUUCAUGGUGGACAGAGAUAGUGGAUCAAGAGGUAUCACUCCUACCCACUUCUGUUUUUGCUUUACGAAACAACUUGCAUGACUCGAAUCAUUGCGCUCCACUGUUUACAUAAAGUACAAACAUUUAGUUAUUCUGCUUUAUAUUAUGGAUAUAGAAAAGGCUAUAUACGAUUAUUUUUUACAGGUGCACUAAUAUGUUAACAUUGCAAUGGUGUAGUUGGCCAAUCAGCUGAUUUUAGCUCGUUGUAUAAUGUGGGCGGUUUAAUUUACUGUACAUUGCAAAAACAAAAACAAAAACGUGUGAGCACGAGCUCUGAGUCCUCGCGUGAGCCUCAGCGUCAUGACAGCUGUCAAACUAUUAUUAUUAUUUUUAAACGCGGAACUAUAACUAUUGUUUCAACACAACAAUACGAGUUUAACAUCAACGUUAUUUCAUGGAGACAGAAUAAUAACUUUUUCUUCUUUUUUUUCUUCUUUUUUUCUUCUUCCCACCCUUCUCCCCACAGCUGUGCGGAAGUGACACAGCAGGCGCGCGCCCCGGUCACGUCACGCGAGAAAGCACAGGAGCCGAGCGAGCAAGAGAAAAAAAAUGUAUCAACAACAAGAACAACUGUUAGCUGCAAACACAGCCGCGUGAGAGGCCGCAGACAUGUCCGACACGCCGCUAACAGUCCGAAAGGAUUGCAUGGACUCGUGAAGGCCAUGAAUUCCUCUGAGUAUGGAGAAGUUUCAGAAGAAGCGAUGCUUGACAACGAACAUAAUCAUGUCCAGGACGUUAAGGAGGAAUCGGAGGACGUCUCUAUUUGCCAGUCACCUGAAGCACUCGGAGGAGGGUCUCCUGGAGCCCCCGAGGCUGGUUCACGGCCGUCUUCGGGGAGGGGCCCUUACACGUACCAGACCACUGGCAGCAAGAGAGCCAGACUCUCUAGCGAGAUGAGGCGGCACUUGAUGGAUGAGAGCGGCAGACACGAGCCACUUUGCCUCGCCACGACCGGAGAGAGGAGGAACCACGUCCAGCAGAAACCCCGAGUCUCCUACAGGAAGCCCCUCUUCAGCAUCUCCCACAGGAUCUCGGAGAGGAGGAUCACGCCGAGCCUGGAGCAGCAGGCCGCUCACGGGGCCGCCGCCGCCGAUCGGCUCGACUUCGCCGCCAUCCUCUCGUCCAAGCUCCAGAGCUCGGAGGGAAACGGCCCGUCGGAGACCCCCCCCGCCAAUGACGCCUCAGGCCAAGCCCCGUCAACGGACGCCAGCCUUUAUCCGCUGAUUGAGAAAAUGUUUCUCAUCAUCAACACGCUCAACUCGAGCAUGACGCAGCUGCAUAGCAAAGUGGAUUUGCUCACCCUCGAAGUCCUGCGAAUAAAGAAGCAGAUCCAGCCGGCCGAGAUGGGGGCCGAGUUCCAGCCGCCCCCCGAGUAUCUGCUGACGAGCGACGAGCUGAAUCAGCUGAUGGAGCAGACCUCCAGCGCCGGGGAGCUGGGCUGCCGGCUGCUGGUGCAUCUCUUCCCGGAGCUGUUCAAGGCCAGGGAGUGCGCCCACGAAUGCGUGGCGAGCAGGAGAACGCUGGAGUCCCUCCACCUGCAGCUGAUCCGCAACUACGUGGAGGUGUGCUACCCUUCGGUCAAGGGCAACGGCGUCUGGCAGGACGAGUGCCUCCUCCAGGUCAACGACGUGUUCAACCGCUUCUGGGCGCAGAGGGACAUGGAGAGCGCUCGGCUGCUCCGGAAGACGACGACGGCGGCGGCGGCGGGCGCCGCGAUCAAGGCGGAGCGCCCCGAAACCUGCCGCUUAAUCGACGAGCAGGGCCGGGAGGAGCACGCCCCGUCGGAGGAGCAGCAGAGCGGCGGCGCCGCGACGGACCUCGCGUUCGACGCGCGAGCCACGGAGGAGCUGGACGAGUUCUCCUCGCCCGAGGACUUCGUGGUGUUUCUCAUGCACCGUCUGUUCCCCGAGGUUUUCGAAGAGGGGAGAAUGCCGGAAGGCUCCGGUCCCUGCGGCAGCGCGGGGCAGCUCAUCCUGGACUCGGACAAGAUGGAAAUCAUAAGGAAGUACAUGGAAGCAAAUUUCCCAGAUGUGCCUGAGGACAGCUGGCUUCAGGUGUGUAUUCAGCACAUGGAGGACGCUCUGGAGGGUCCUCGCAGCAACGGGAGCGACGGCGACAACGACAACCUCGAGGGCUACGACCUGGCCGGCCUCCCCGGGGAUGAUUCUGUCAUCGAGGUACCUGAGGUGGGCGAUUACGAAAUGCUCGGCCGCAAGGCCAAGAAGUCGCUGCUGACGCCCGUGGAUUUCGACCAUCUCGAGGUUCCUCUCCCCGAGUUCCCCGUGCCCCAGGAGUACCUGCUGCCCAGGGAGCAGCUGAAGAACAACUAUGAAUGCAGCCUGUCCAUCGGGAACUUUGCCUCCCGGCUGCUGGUGCUCAUGUUCCCCGAGCUCUUCACCCACGAGAACGCGCGCAAGCAGUACAACUGCAGCGGCUCCCUGGGCAAGAAGCAGCUGGACCCCGUUCGCGUGAACCUCAUCCGCCACUACGUGCAGCUGGUCUACUCUCGGGCCAAGAACGACCGCGUGUGGAUGUUGGAAUUCGUGGGCAAGCUGGACGAGCGGUGCAGGAGGCGCGACACGGAGCAGCGGAGAUCCUACCUGCAGCAGCGCAAAGUCUACGGCCACGAGUCGGACCAGGACUUUCUCUGCCACCUGAACCAGCUCCACCCAGAUAGCACGAGGGAGGAUUCGGACGCUCCCCCUCUACCGCCUGAGAAAAGUAGUAAAGACUUCUGUAAGAUCCCCCUGGAGGAGCUGACCAUCUCCACGCCGGACUUCCCCGUCCCUUCCCUCUACCUGCUCUCGGACGCGGAGGUCCGGGAAAUCGUCCAGCAGAGUCUCUCCGUCGGGAACUUCGCCGCCCGCUUGUUGGUGCGCCUCUUCCCGGAGCUCUUCACUCAGGAGAACCUGCGGCUGCAGUACAACCACUCGGGGGCCUGCAACAAGAAGCAGCUCGACCCCACCCGCCUCCGACUCAUCCGCCACUACGUGGAGGCGGUGUAUCCUGUGGAUAAGAUGGAGGAGGUGUGGCACUACGAAUGCGUGCCGAGCAUCGACGAACGCUGCCGGCGGCCGAAUCGCAAGAAGUGCGACAUCCUCAAAAAGGCCAAGAGGUCAAGCACUGUGUCCUAGUCACCGUAGUAUUCACUUAGGCAACACUUGGUUGGAAGAGAAAUAAUAAUAAUUGCACAGUAUAUAAGCUGAAAGCGCUUUGUGUAACUUUUUACAAACUGUCCUCUGUAGGAUGAAGCCAAGCUGUUCAGAGCUCCGAUCACACCUGACGCGACUUGUAAAACGGCAGAGCGCGCCUGCGUGCGCAGCCGGGCGAAAAAACGUCAUUGACAAGAUGGAUUCAAGCAGACGGCUGCGUUGUGGGAUGAGGAGGAGGAAAAAGCCCCGAGGUUUUGGGUUCACGAUGUCUAGAAAAGAAAAGGCUAGAGUACGACCAAUUCAGUUAAAUUCAGUUUAUUUGUAUAGCCCAAUUUCACAAAUUAGUCUCAGAGUGCUUUACAAUCUGUACACAUAGACAUCCCUGCCCCAAAACCUCACAUCAGAUCAGGAAAAACUCCCAAAUAACCCUUCAGGGGGGGAAAAGGGAAGAAACCUGCAGGAGAGCAACAGAGGAGGAUCCCUCUCCUAGGAUGGACAGAUGCAAUAGAUGUAAUGUGUACAGAAGGACAGAUUUAGAGUUAUAAUACAUUCAAUGAAUAUGACAGAGUAUGAAUAGUUCGUAGUAGGCAUAUUCCACCUCGAAUACCACCAUCUGUUCCGUGAAUUGUGUCUCGAUGGCGAGCGCUUUGAGUUGCACUUCCGGCUGAGCCGGAGUCAGUCGGAGCGCCUUAAAAAACGCUCGAAAAACGCGCCGCGCGGCUUUUAAAAGACGCGCACGAAAGGCGCCGUGCCGUCGGAGAGCGAUGGUUUUCCUAACGAUACGUUUUUGAGCGUUGCGUCCGGUGUGAUCGAGCCCUGAGUCAUCUUUUACUUAGUGACUACAGCAGUAGAGGUUGUGGCUCAUGUAGUCUUAUCGUUGGAUAAAACUGCUUCUAUUUAUGAGCCGUAGCUCAUCUAACAAACCGUGUCGAUAGAUGUUGUAGCCUUAAAAGCGAUAACGAUGAUAGUAGCUUAUAGCGUAGGCCACAUAUUUGCCCUAUGGAUAGAAAUGGAUCACGACGGCGUGAUAUGUUUCCUUUGCAGUUACUGAUGUAGCAUUGUGCCACCACUGUUUUAAUAACAAUGUGCUUAUGUUAAGCCUUCUUAUAGAAGUUUAUAUUAUAAAAGACAAUUUAACAUGACAAUGGAUCAUGGUAACCGAUUUCUAAUAAAACCACAGCUAUGAAUAUGA